CUUUUUAAGACGGAAUCAGUUUGUCGCCAUGCAACGGGGCAAAGCAGCCAUGAUGGGGAUUUUUAUGCACCCGCUACUUUUGCUACUGCUAACUGUGCAAGUGCAGUCAUCUCAGGACAAGUUGUACAAUGCCGCUACUUUCGAAUACGAACCCAAAUACAUCGAGAACAAUCCUUCUGAGACUAUGAAAGAAAACGCUAAGGAAUAUGAGAAGCAGAUAGAACUUGUAUCAAAAGAUAAGGCACAAAUCAUAGUAUUUCCUGAAUUGGGGUUGACUUCAAUACAUUUACCGAGUAGACCAGCUUUGAGCAAUUGGUCUAUGAAAGUCCCGGACCCUAAGGAAAAUAUCGUGCCAUGUGAUGAAUCAAGCUCCAAUGUUCAUGAGGUUCUUCGUAACAUUUCAUGUGCGGCAAAAACACAUAAACUUUACGUAGUGAUCAACCUGGUUGAAAAGGAAGACGAAUAUCUAUAUUCAUCUAACGUAGUAUUCAGUUCGGAAGGGAAAAUAGUCUCUAGGUACCGGAAAUAUUAUCGCUUCAACGAAUUCGGCGAAUUUAAUCAGUCGAAAGAACUAAUUGCCACGGCGUUUAAUACCUCGUUCGGAACGUUCGGCGUUCUGAUUGGCGCCGAUAUUCUCUACGAAGAACCAGCUCGGACAUUAUUGGAGAAGGGAGUAAAAGACUUCGUUUAUCCCGUAGCAUGGGUGUCCGUGCUGCCCUUUUCAAGAAAUUAUCAGAUGCAGCUGGCGUGGUCCAAGGCUAAGAAAGUAAACGUGAUAUCUGCCCCAUACUACCCGGGCUCCAAAUAUGCCGGUGGUAUAUUUCUGGGUGAAACCGACGACGGCCCUCAUCUUUCUGAGUCCGGCAAAGCGAGUUCCUCUUUUGUGCAAGGGGAGAAGAGGAUCUCUAUCAAUGAUAUAAAUGAAAGUGUCGUCGCACCGUCGGCAAAGAAUUGUGUCAUUAAGAACAAUGGCAUCGGACGGAAGUUUAUAAACAUGUCACAUUUCAAAUCGAAACAAAUUAAUAGUGACAAUGAUACAUGGACAGAAGAGCAUGGUGACGUCAAAUGCGCGUUCGAAGUUAACGCAGAUUUCUCGGCAGCCAAAACAGAUUUAUACUAUUUCUUUGUCUACAAUGGAAAAUAUAACGUCUUUGGCGAAAAGUGCUGUUCGUUCGGUACAAGUGUUUGUGCAAUCGUUAAAUGUAACUCUAAAUCGCUCCUUAGAUGCGGUCAGGUCGGACUGUCCCUGGUACCUUUCAAGACCAUAAAAAUAAAGGCUAUCUACAAUCAAAGGGAGCACGAAUUGAAUUUUCAGAGUACCUUGCACGACGGGUAUUCCGAAAUCCCGGCUCAAAUGAAUUCAACAAAACUGCCCAUGGGCAAGAUGCAACAGACGAUGGUUCUGAGCUCAGAAACGCCAGGAUUAGUAGCUUUUGGAAUUGUAAGGAAAUUCUUUGAGAAAUUUGAUCCGGACUCCAAUUCCAAUGACAAUGCCAAUAAUUACAAGAUGUCCACAACUGAUAGGGUUAAUAAUCCUGACGACAUCUGCACCACGGAACUCACCAAUAAUGAACUUGUUUUUUCACCAACAUCAAUAUAUCCGUAUGUCCUAUCGUUCAUUGCGAUUAUCCUUCUUGCAGGGACGUGUGUUGCGAUCAAGUCCCGAAGGCAAAUAUUGACGAGAAUCGCUAUUAAAUGCAAUUCCUAG